CAUGGUCAAGAGAAAGGAAGCACCAGACGGUGUAGUCAAUGAACGCUCCACACGCAAGUCUCCUCGCUCGACAACCAAGUCUUCCACAAUGUCAGAUUCUGCCAAGCCGAAGAGCUCAACCUCGGAAGCGAGCAAGAAACAGGCCAGAAGGCCAAUCAUCAAGAGAUCAAAUGACAGUGACGACGACGACGAUUCCAGCGAUGACACCAGUGAACCCGCAAAGCAUAAGACCUCUGCUACCGAGGUAAAGGCACCCAUCACUAAGUCCAGCAAGGCUCACGGCACCAAGAAGAAGGUUGCCCAGAAGUCUACCAACAACGACGAUGAUGAGAGUGAAGAUGCCGAAGAUGAGAGUGAAGAAGAAAAGCCAAGGAAACCUGCUACUACCACAAAGUCUGCCAUUGCAAAGAAGGAAGCCCUCAAGAGAGCUCACGAGAGUGAUAGUGAUGACGUCGAGGAAGUUGUCGCUCCGAGCAGAAGCAGCAUCAAGGCCAAUACCGACACUUCUGCGUUCCCGGCUGCUAAGAAACAACUGAUCGAACCACCAUUGAGCAGUCGCGACAUUGUGGAAAACUACAACGACGAGAGUGACGAAGAUGACACACAGCCCAAGACUUCUGAAUCGUUAAUCACAAAGAAGUCUACAGUCGAAAUUGACUCCGAGGAUGAUAGUGACGACGACGACAAAAAGCUCAAGCCCAAGGCACUCUCGUCGGUUGUCAAGAAGCUAGCCGCUAAAAAGACAUCCGCCAACCUGUCCAAGGCCAGUGAUGAAGAUGACUCCGAGGACGACGCCUCCGUGCAUGGCAGCAAAGCCACAAAGCCCAAGUCCAAGGCUCCCACCUCAUCCGCUAAGAAGUUGCCUGUCAAUAAGGCCACCGUCAAGCCAUCCAAGAGUGAUACCGAAGACGAAUCUGCAGACGAAUCCGCCAACCAGGUCAGGAAAGGCACAAAGGCCAAGCCAACCGUCAACAAGGUACCCGCCAAACCUACUAACAGUCGUGAGACCGACAGCGAAACUGAGGAUGACAGCGAGGAGGACGAUGACGAUGACUUGACCAGUAAAGUCACAAAGGCAAAACCGAAGACCUUUACCUCUUCGACCACCAAGAAGCAAUCUGGCAAGGCACCAGUCCCUGCUCCCGAGGACGACGAAGAAGAAGAAGAAGAUGAUGAUGAAGACGACGAAGAAGAGCCUGCCAUCGUUUUUUCAGAGUACAAGGGCGACCUCUUUGCCGCGCCCCCCAAGUCCCUCCUCCUCCACGCCUGCAACUGCGAAGGAAGCUGGAACAAAGGCAUCGCCUACGAAUUCCAAAAGAAAUACCCUGACCAUUACGCCAAAUACUCCAACCACUGCCGUGACAACGGUAUCGAAGCCAUCAUCGGAACAUGCCUCAUCAUCCCUCCACAAAGUGUUGGCAGCGACCAUUGGGUCGGUUGCCUCUUCACCAGUCGCAAGUAUGGCAGAGGUAAGGACAAAAAGGACAAGAUUCUGGAACAGACCGAAAGAGCAGUGGAACAUUUGGUUGAGCAGAUUGAGAACAUGGUUGAGAGACCCAAGCUGAUCUGGAUGCCCAAGAUCAACUCUGGCUUGUUCAAGGUUCCUUGGAGCGAGACCAAGAAACAGAUUGCAGAAAUUACCUGCAAGGACGGUCUUCACAUCAUGAUCGUGGACAAGAAGUAAGUAUGAUCUCUACGCCGUCCUCAUGAAAAAAGAAGAGAUUCGAAAGUCUACAGAAUACUCCAUGAGAUCAAUCAAGCAUAGCGACUUGACCGACGCCGCCAACCGAGGCUACGAACUACGACGAAACAAGAAGAUCAUUAUUUCCAACAUCACGAAUAUGAUAAUUGCUUCUUAUACAUACUAAUGCAGGAAAAGCGACUAUGCUUUUCGUUAGGACGAGCACCCCAUCCAGUUAACCACAUACGAAGGAAAGAAGAGUCACCGGCAGAAUAUUGCUGAAAAUUGACACUGGUCAAGGACGACU